AGCCCGGUUGGAGAUCUGGAUGAUGGCGGGGGAGUGGAUGUGGGGGGGCAGCCCGGGGGUCCGGAGGGCAGCGGCACCGUGCUGACGCCCCUGCAGCCGAUGUCUCCGCAGCGCCAGGCUCUGCUCAGCAGCCGGUGCUAUCAGCUGAGCGAAGCCGACUGCUGGGACCUGCCCGUCGACUACAAGAUCAAACGGAUCGGGGACGAGCACGACCACAAAGAGUCUUCUUAUUUCUCGUCCCUGCACCAGGGCGAUGAGAUGGACCCGUUCCAGGAGCUGAUGGACGAGCAGCGCUACCCGGCAGAGGUCACCAUGCCCAGCCCCAAACACCACAAGUACCCGCCCUGCAAGGAGGGCAAGAAGGAGCUCAUCACGUUGUCGAGCUGCCAGCUGGCCGACAAGAACAUCCGCGGGAUGAUGAGUCCUAACGCACAAGAACUCAGGUGUCCGACCCCCGGCUGCGAUGGAUCUGGACACAUCACUGGAAACUAUGCCUCCCACAGGAGUUUGUCCGGUUGUCCACGAGCCAAGAAGAGCGGCAUCAAAAUCCUCCACAGCAAAGAGGAAAAGGACGACCAGGAGCCAAUCAAGUGUCCAGUGCCGGGUUGUGACGGGCAGGGUCAUGUGACGGGGAAGUACGCGUCCCACCGCAGUGCGUCGGGCUGCCCCCUGGCGGCCAAGCGGCAGAAGGACAGCUACGUGAACGGGUCGCAGUUCGUCUGGAAGUCGGGGAAGACGGACGGCAUGAGCUGCCCGACGCCCGGCUGCGACGGGUCGGGACACGUCAGCGGGAGCUUCCUCACACAUCGGAGUCUCUCUGGUUGUCCCCGUGCCACCUCGGCCAUGAAGAAGGCGAGGAUGAGCGGCGUGGAGAUGCUGACAAUCAAGCAAAGAGCAAGCAAAGGCAUCGAAAAUGAUGAAGAAAUCAAACAGCUGGAUGAAGAAAUCAAAGAUCUGAACGAGUCCAACAAUCAAGUGGAGUCCGACAUGAUAAAACUGAGGACACAAAUCACCUCGAUGGAGACGAACCUGAAGUCCAUCGAGGAGGAGAACAAGGUGAUCGAGCAUCAGAACGACUCGCUGCUGCACGAGCUUGCCAACCUCAGCCAGUCGCUCAUCAACAGCCUCGCCAACAUCCAGCUUCCACACAUGAAACCGCUGCCACAGAAAGAGGCCCCAGUAAAGCAUAACUGCUGUUUACAGAUGCCUCCCAGAGAGCCAAUGAAUGAACAGAACUUUGACACUUAUGUGAGUACAUUGACAGACAUGUACACUCACCAGGACCAGUACCAGAGCCCGGAGAACAAGGCGCUGCUGGAGAACAUCAAACAGGCCGUUCAGGGGAUCCAGGUCUAGCCCUGGCUGAGGCCAAAAUAACAAAUGCAAAGCAAAAACAACAACAACAACAACAAAAAAUCAAAAAGAGGGUUACGGGUUGUUUUUUGCUGCUGUAAUCUACGAUAGCUCUUUUAAUUCUACUGCUGUUAUGCUCUCAACUCCAUGGGUAUCUUUUUUUUUAUCAUUUUGAUGUCGUUGCCUUGCUUUGAAAAACAACGUUUUAAACGAACAUUCACGUUUUGUACAUUUUCAUAUGACCUAAUAUAAUGUGAUGUACUGUUUAUAGCUGCUAAUGUAUGCACAUUCUAGUGUAUAUGUAUUUAUUUAUUUAUUGUAAGCUUGAAUCAUUUCUUAUUUUAACGUGAAAAAACUGGGCGUCACGGGUUACAUGGGGAGCAGAAAGGAAAAGGGGAAAGCUGAAGAGCAAUCAUUUUUGAAAGGCUUUUCUCACGAGCUGAAAACAGGUUGUUUAAUGGAUGUAAUUCAUUGAUAUUUGUAAUGUUUGAAAACAAUAUUACUGUAAAUCUUUAGCUAAAGUAGAAGAAGAACCGAUGCUUUAAGCAAGAAGAUUUCAAACAUCAUGACACGGAAACUUACUGGUGCAAAUCCCAUCAUCCCCUUCGGAGUUGUUUCGUUUUAAACCGUCGCUUUUCUUUGUUGGAGAACGAAGCGGAAAGACCAAUGGCUACAGAAAACGUAGGAGACAAUCUGCCAUUCUGAAUUUCUUUUAAUCAUCAACCUUGAACUAGCUAAUAACGCAAUGUGUCAGCAAUAUUGGUACGAUAAUAUUAAAUUGUUGGUUUAGAUAUGGGAUGCAAUCUAUAUGAAAAAAAAUGUUUGGGUAUAUGCAAUUUCUUAUGAAUAAAACUAGCAUAGAGCAGAUAGAUCUUUUUACUAACUAUAAAUGUAUUGCGUUUUGUAUAACCUUUUACUACAAUCAUGUUUUAGGAAUCUGACGCGGGUGAAAGGACUUUGGUUCUGUCAUGUUCGACUUUGCACAGGGACACCUUUGUUUCCAUGUUUUGAUGUUUUUAUUGUCAAUUAAGAGGCACUUGGCAGGCGUAUGGAUUUGUAGAUAUGAUUUUUUCUAUCUAAAGGCUGACGGCUCCACUGGACUUACAGGGUCAAACGUCCCCAUCCCAUCAUUGUAUAUUGCACUCGUUCUGUAGAAAACGUCUUUUCAAUCAUGCAUCCUAUUGUGUGAGACACAAUGGGAAAUGAUGGCAGACGACAUGAUGACCAAGCAGCACUUUUUAUUAUUAUCUUUGAUUGUUAUUGAAAAGAUGAAGAAAAACUAAGCCAGCAGUCGUGAACGCGACGUCUGCGCACUGAAUUUACCGACUGAGUAUUUGAUCUGAAUCGGCCUUACGUUGACAUUCAGUCUGAAAUCACAGUACUGACUGAACAUGUUUUCUGAACACCGUCGAUCAUGCAUGCACUUUAUUGGAGUUUGUCAAAGUAUUAUCCCGUGGUAAAUGAAGCAGAAACUGUACAGCGAGUUUGUGGAAACUGUGACUUUGAGCUGGUGAUUCCUGGAUGAAAGAACCCUGACACAGAUUUAACUGAGAAGACGAGUUACUUAAAGGAAAACUCCCCCUCUGGUCCCCCUACAUUGUUAACCUCCACCACUUUAAGUUUAUUUUAAAUCCUCUCUAAAACAUUACCCUUUUCUAUAAGUAUUGGAAAGGCUCCUUUUCUAUCCACAUAACAUUAUGUAUGGAUUGUAUUGCAUUGGUUAAUAUAAGAACUGUUUCUCUUUGGUCAACCUGACGAUAGAGAAAUGUGAGGAGCUUGUCUCGGCUGUGUAGGGUUCCAUAAAAGUAAAACUUACAUGUAUCUUCUGGGUAGACUAUGUUUGGAUACUGUCAGUUCAAUUGUCAAAAGAUGAACAGCUAUACUCGAAACAUAUUUGAGUCGAAGGAACAAACCUGUCUUCGGAAAAGAUAACGGUUUGUAAACUGUACCCUGUACAUUAUGUUGUAUGUCAUCAUUAUUGUUGUUCUGUUGUUUUUAUGUUACAUGUGAAACUAAUGUCCUGCAGGUCACCCUUGAAAAAGAGAUCUUUUGAUCUCAAGGGGCUUCACCUGGUUAAAUAAAGGCUACAAACACACGGUGAAAGUGAACUGCAACUCCCAAAGUGCAUUUUGGGGAAACACAUCCAAUCACAAAGUUUAAACCCCAGCUUUCCGUGCUCACCCUAAUGAAGAGUCGAAACAUGAAGAUUAUUCUUUUUGGAAAACUACAUUUUGAGUUCACUUUGAGUUAUUGGGGCCUUUCUGGACGAUAACUUUGGCGCUAAGCCUUUGUGACAUCUGGUUUAUUCUCCAUAGCAACAAUGGGUAUAUUGAAAUAUUUAGACCCAUCCACCAUAACAUAUUGGCGGUGAAAGAUUGCGAUUUCUCAAAAGCGAAAUCAUCAAUCUGGUUCAGUGUCGAACCUCAACCUUUUCCGAAAAUGAGCUCAGUUGCAGAUUUCCUACUUUUUUCAGAAUGCCUUUCAAUGGAGAAAGGGAUCAAAAGUCGUUGCAAUCGCUCAAAUAAUAAAUAUACAAUUAUUUUUGCCCUGAGGUAGCCACCCCCAAACUUUCCAUGUGACAAUAUGUUCAGCAUUUUGUUUUCUAAAUGAAGUUAGGCUAGAAGACAUCAAGAGUAUUUGAUAAUUAGGGGCUGGUUGGGCUUGAAAUACACACUUUAACUCACUUUAUCCAGCUCAAAUGUGUAGAAAAUAUGUAUAAAUAUAAUUUAAAAGACAUUUAAGGUGUUAACCAUCCUCAACUUUGACCAAAUCAUGAAGAUUUAAUUGGUGAAUGAGGAAAGGAUCCGGUUUCCAAUCAGUCUCCCACAGGAAGGAAAAGCAAACUUCAGACGGCUAACUGGGGGAGUUUUCCUUUAAAGAUGGACUUUUACUGCAAAGCCUCAUUCCCUGAUUUCACAUCUCUGUCCAAAGCUUUGUGUCUGCAGCUUCCUGCCAGUAAACCUCUGCAUUAGAUAGACUGACGGCUUGUAUUUUUUAUUUAGUGGGUUAUUCUUAACUGAAAACAAAGGAGAUGGGAGUUAAAGCACAAUUCUGCCACUUAAAGACAAUUCAAUAGACUAGAUAUUGUAAUAUCAGAUGUGAAAGCUAAACUGUAACUAUUAAAUAGAAAAAUCUCAACACUAACAUGUGACAUGCUAGAAUGCAAAAAUAAAUCCAUAUGAAUAUUUGUGAAAUCAUCAGUUUAUGAAAAUGUUAGUUUCUUUUGGGCGGUGCAUUGAUAAAGGGGUUUUUAUACAACAUUCAUUUUCUCUCCUUUUUACCCCUUUCUCUGUGUCACUCGCAAAAUUUCAACAACAGUUUUUCUUACCACAUGGCAUGGGUUUUGUUGAUAUUUUUGCUGUAUGUUUAAGGUCACGAGUUGCUACGUGAUAUUUUAAUUUCACUUGUGAAGUUUGUACAAUUUUUAUCAUGCUGGUGUUGGCAUCUCUUGCUCUGAAUAAAUCUUGUGUUGCAACACUGA